CCCUUGGAGGCCUCCCCUCGUCACCAGAGGAAAGCCCUGAACAUCUCGGAGCCCUUUGCCGUCUCUGUCCCGCUGCGGGUAUCCGCGGUCAUCAGCACCAACAGCACGCCCUGCCGCGUGCCUGCCAAGGAGAAGCUUUCCCUCUCCAGCCUGGAGGAGCUGUCUUCCCUGGUGGCCGAGAGCACAAGCCCCUCUGCCCUGGAAGCAGGGACCCACACAAGGACAGAGCAGGUGCCAGAGAGGAAGGAGAAACAGCUGGGGCCCACCCUGCCAACGGCACCAUCCAGAGGCUCACACCCUGAGGAACUGGUGGCAGCCAGAAAACCUGAGUCCUCAGAAGCUCCACAGCCAGCAGCAGAAAAUCAGGAGAUGUUAUGUGGGCAAAGUAGCUGCACAAGCAGCACCAGCAGCCCUCAGCAGUCCUCAGAGCAGAGUCCCGCCGUGGAACAAACAUCAACCCCAGAGGUUCCUACAGGGCCGCUCCCUGCAGACAAGGCUGAGCAAGGACAGCUCAAGAUGAAGGAUGUCCCCUCAGAAGGCAACUGUGGCCAGCAGGAGAUUGAGACAGCUAAGACAGAAGGCUCAUGCUUAAGAGAUGUGACCGAGGAGGACCCUGUGAAUGCCCUUCUAGAACCACUGUGGCCAGAGAUACAGCAGGAACUGAAAAUUAUUGAACCUGAAGAGGAGCUCUUGCUCUUGCCACCAGCUGUCCCCAAGACAGGCCAAAUUUCUGAAUCUUCUUCUUCAGUACAAACAGAUAGUUUUUCUUCUGUCUCAGGGCAGAGUUCAACACUACCUGAGCAGAAAUCUGCAAGCAAAACACCACAGACAGCAACUCAGGUGCCUUUAUUUGGUGCCACCAGCAUGGAACAACAAGACAGCCUCCAAAACUGCCAGUCUGAUGUGGCUGCACCACAGAGCUGUGCUUCAGCCCUACCCAAACUGGGUACUCUUCUAACUGUCACAGCCGCUUCAAAGAACCACCACCAAGUGGUGGAGGACAGCAGGAGAGAAUGUCUUACUCCUCCACUGGAUUGGAAGCUUCAUAGACAAUCAGAAUUUAAUGAGGUUGCCCCGGGUGAUGAAUUUUCUUGUUCCAAAGGAGCAUGUCCAGAGUCAGGGAGAGAAAAAGAUAGCACGUGCCAGCUGCAGAAGGAAAAGGAUGGUCUUACCAGCGUCCACACUCAGAGGAAGAAGCCUGACAUAAUGUCUGCUGAUGAAAGGGACACAUUCUCCUCCAAGGCGCUGAGUGGAGCUGGAAUCCAGGAGCUGAAGGAGGGCAAUGCUGUUAGCAGAACUCAAGAUGCUGGUGACCAGGAUGAUGAGGACACCUGGACAGAUAAUGUGCAGAGUUUAGAACUUGUGGAGCCGUGGGAGGAUCACCAGUGGGUUACAAGCCCACUCCAUUCCCCGACCUUUAAGGACAUUCAGGAGAAGAUGACACAGGGGUUUCAGCCACAGAGCCAGAAAGCAGAGCCAGGCCUUUCUCUUAGACCACGAUUCAGUCGCAGCCUCUCCCUAGACAGUAAAGAUACAGUGAUGAGUCUGUGGACUAUCCCAUUCUCAUUCAGAGAUGCCUCUGACCAGCAGCAACCAUGCAAUGACAUUCUACCAGUGAUCUGUAAGCUGCCCAAAACACAACCCAUCUCCUCCUCUAGCUUGGGCAAAGCUAAGCAAGAUGAGAAUGGCACAAGUCCUCCAGAAGAACCUUUGAAACCUGAGAAGCUCAGGUAUGCCCUCAGCAGAGAGGAAGGACUAGCUGAGAAAGAAGGACCCUCCAGAAUCCCUCUUUCAGAGCCAGAAGAAAAGAAAGCGGAUGUAAGCAAAGAAAACCCUUGGAGCUCAAAGCUUGAGCUGUCUUUACCAUACCAAAACAGCCCAGGCAGUUCUUCACAGGUGAAGAAUACAAAGGAGGAGUUUUCUAUGUCUCAGGACACUGCCCUGGGAGGAGAGACUGUUACAAAAGCAUUGUGCUCUGCCACUGAGUCACAGCUGAGUAAUAAAGGUGAAGAAACACCUCGCAAAGUGAAGACUAGGCCAUCGUCUCUCAACUUGGAUUCACUCCUUCCAGCCCCAGAUUUCUUCACAUUUGAGAGCUUGUCCAUGCCCUCUGCCCCUGGUAACCUCCUGUGUGGGCAGAAGGAAGUAAAAACCAGUGAUUCUGUCCCAUCCCUGCCAACUGCCUGCCCUGCUGCCAGUAAAGGCGUCCACUGGGGGUCUCAUUUUAAUACCCACAUGGAUCUAGACUUGGAUUACCUGGCAGUGGCCCAUGCCACCACUGGUCGUCGUAACUCUGCCCCUGUCAGCGUGUCAGCAGUCAGGACCUCCUUCAUGAUUAAGAUGUGCCAGGCUAGAGCAGUGCCUGUGAUACCACCUAAAAUUCAGUACACCCAGAUUCCCCAGCCCCUGCAAGCUCAGAAUGCUGCUCUGCCAGCCGAGAAGAAGGAAGUGGAAAACAAGCACACCGUCAGACAGACUCAACGGGUGGCAUGGAGCCAUCUGGAGACCCCCAAGAGCCCAUUGACAGAGAAGAAAGCUAAAGCAGAGAAAGAAAACAGUGACCCAGCUCAAAAGGACUCAGCCUGUCCUUGGCACAGCAGCCUUGGCUCUUCGCUGGAGUCAUCUCAGUCCAGUCACCACCCUGCUCUGGAUGCCCCUGUUCUGCGCCGAAAGCGCACCUCUGAGGGGGAGACAGCUGGAGAUAACCCACAGUCCUCAAAGAUGGAGAGACCAUCAGGGUUCUCCAAGCCUUCCUAUAGAUCUAGGCCUGGGAGGCCCCAGAGUCUGAUUCUUUUCAGUCCCCCUUUCCCCAUUAUGGACCACCCCUCCUCUUCAGCAGACUCCAGGGUGUUGUUAUCACCCAUUAGGAGCCCCACUCAGACCACCUCUUCGAGCCCCAUUUGUGGUGAUCUGUCUGAGACUCCUCGGACAACACCUGAGGGGGUGACUCUGCGGAACAAAAUGACCAUCCCCAAGAAUGGCCAGAGACUGGAGACCUCUACCAGCUGCUUUUACCAGCCCCAGAGGCGAUCCGUGAUUCUGGAUGGACGAAGUGGAAGGCAGAUUGAAUAG